CCUCCCCUCCUGUCCCCCCAGAAUCUCUCACCCUCCGGCUGCUCCAAACCAUCAUCUUCCACAAUGCCAGCUCCACGGACAUGCAGGGGAUGGCCCUGCUGGGUGACCUGGAGACCCACUCCCUGGACUGCAGCACCUGCAAGGUCCGCUUCCUGCAGCCCUGGGCCCAGCAGGGCCUGACCCCGAAGCAGUGGCAGGACCUGGAGAAGUUGAUCUAUAACAAUCUGUCCAACUUCAUCCGUAUGGUGAACAUUCUGGUUCAGGAAGAAGGAGAGGGCUACCCCUUUGUUACCCAGUUCACCGAGGGCUGCGAGCUCCUCCCCAAUGGCACCUCGAGGCGAUUCUGUGAUGCUGGGAUGAACGGCGAGGACUUUGUCAGCUUUGAGACGGACAGCGGCAAAUGGGUCGCUCGCCGGGGGGAUAAACUGACUCUCAAAGCCCAGGAGAUUCUUAACUACAACCAGGUUGUGGCCAUCACGCUUCAGUUUCUCCUGAGAAUGACGUGUGUCAAUCAGAUCAAGAGCUUUGUCCAGCAUGGGAAAGAGUCUCUGGAGAGGCAAG